GGAAAAUUUUCCGAUGAGACCAGUCGACUUUUGAAAUUGUCACCAUUUGAAUUGCAUCGAUUUCCAAUGUUGUAAGUAUAAGAAAAUUUCGGUACUUUGUAGAUGAUGACGAUGAUUGUGCGGCAUUGUAUUCGAUUCGCUGUUUGUCCACAGUCCAUGUUGCAGAGGGGUUUAGCAGCCAGAGAACCGAGUGUGAAAAUCCGCUUCAAGAAUAGAGGUGAAACUUUGGAAGCAGUGGGUAAAAUAGGCCAAUCACUGUAUGAAGUAGUCCUUAAUGCAGACUUGCCUAUUGAUGGUUACGGAGCAUGCGAAGGUACUUUAGCCUGUUGUACGUGUCAUGUCAUUCUCGAGCCAGAGCAUUACAAAAGGUUGCCUCCACCAGUCGAAGAUGAGCUCGAUUUAUUGGAUCUGGCACCUGAAGCAACGGACUUCUCACGUCUUGGUUGUCAAGUGAAGCUAACGGAACAAGAUCUACCGGGCGUAGAGGUCAUCGUGCCGUCCGAAGUUCGCGAUGCAAGAGCCUACGAUUAGCCGCUGUUUUUCCUUGGAAUUCAAAACAAAAAAACAAAUUUCGACCUUCAUGCUACAAAAAUGAGCACAUCGAUGAGAACUGAAGUAAAAGAUAUACCGAACUGCCAGAAACUUAUUUUUGAUUCUUCAAUACUCAGCAUUUUAUAUAAUCUGCCCCAAAACUGUGUUGGCUUGGAAAACCAAGAAUCUGUUCCGGUUUAACGCCUUAUAGCAUCCCC